AUGGCCUCUUCUUCAGUAACCUAUAGCUUUCUUCUGUUUACCCUAUUAGCCAUCGUUCCUCUCUCUUUCCAGACCUGUCACAAAGGAAAAUUCAUCCAUAUCCCCCUCUACUUGCACAGGAUUAUCGAGGGCCCAGAGGCCACAACCCUAACCAUCAUCAAUCCUGGCAAAAUUCCAUACUCCUUUGGUACUACUCGAGUAAAUGACCACGAGCUCAGGGUAGGGAAGGACCCAAAAUCAAAGCUCGUGGCUCGACUCCAAGGGGUGUCAGUAGAAUCCUCACUUGCCAAAACAAGGGACAUACUCCUGUUGGGUAACGUUGUAUUUGUUGCAGGAAAAUAUAAUAAUAGUAUUGUUUCCAUAUAUGGACGAAGGUCGGUGCCUUCUUAUGGAAAAUCCGUUAUCAGUAUUAUCGCAGGAACUGAGAAGUUCUUGAUGGCUAAGGGAUAUAUUGUUCGAGGGAUGUCGUACAAUUGUAGCUCUAAGGCAACUGUGAGUUCGUUCGACAUAUAUAUUAAGCCUUACUGCAAAAAACAUCUGGAAUUGGAGCCUGAGAUGGAACAUGGCACUACUAUGUAA